GCAUCGCUGGCUAUUUACAAUAACAUAGAGAUCUAUAUUAAUACACGGAACUACGUUCAUUUGAAAAUCGUGAAAUGGCUCUGAUUAGAUUGGUUCACUUGAUCAAUUGAUACACUGCGUGUGUUUUCGAGGGAGUCUUCAUCAAUUUGCUGCACAAUGGAGAGACAAGGACAAAGACGCCGAGUGGACCGGUGGUGGGUUGCCGGGAUUUUGUUACUGUGCUUCGUAGAGCGGAUUUUGGCUCAGUUAAGAUACUCUGUUCCUGAAGAAAUUCAAGUAGGAUCCCCUGUUGGAAAUGUUGCCAAGGAUUUGGGGCUUGACAUCAGCACGCUGACAGGGAGACGAUUUCGUAUUGUGUCGGGUCCGAAUCACGCGUUGUUUCAGUUAAAUCAGAACAAUGGAGUGCUGUAUGUUGGAAAAAACAUGGAUCGAGAGGAGCUCUGUGACGGAACCAAGGUUUGUUUGAUUAACCUGAAAAUUGUCGUUGAAAGUCCGCUUGAGAUACACUAUGUUGGAGUUGAAAUAACCGAUGUUAAUGACCAUUCACCGACAUUUCCAGAAAGUGAGCAGCGACUGGAAAUCGCAGAGCAUACUCCCCCAGGUACUCGUUUCCAGAUUCAUGCUGCGAGAGAUCCCGAUUUCGGUGCACAUGCAGUUCGAUUAUAUAAAUUGAGCCAAAAUAUCUUUUUUGAUAUUGAAGUCAGAGAUAGUGAAGAGGAUAAGAUACCGUUUUUAGUCCUAAAAAAGCCUUUGGAUAGAGAGCAAAAGGCAGAACACUGUUUAGUAUUAACAGCUCUUGAUGGAGGGAAUCCGCCAAAGUCCGGAAGCCUUAAUUUAACUAUCACCGUGCUAGACGCAAAUGAUAAUCGACCUGUGUUCAGCAGAGAUGUAUAUACGGUGUCACUAGAUGAAAAUGCCCCAAUAGGAACCCUUGUAGUACAAAUAAAUGCUACGGAUACAGAUGAGGGGCCAAAUAGUGAGGUUGAAUACAGCUUUGGAAAAACACAAAAGAAAAAAGUGCAUGACACCUUUGAACUGGACAGUGUCACAGGUGAGAUUCGAGUAAAAGGUAAAGUGGACUUUGAGGAAACUGAACUCUACAGGCUAGAUUUGCAGGCCUCAGAUAAAGGACAGCCACCGUGGACAGCUGAAAGCAGAGUUGUGAUAAAAAUCAAAGACAUGAACGAUAAUAAACCAGAAAUUGAAGUGACAUCGUUAUCCAGCUUGAUUCCAGAGAAUUCAAAGCCUGGUACUGUAAUCUCCCUCAUCAGUGUUGUGGACAAAGAUUCAGGCGUUAAUGGAAAAGUUAUUUGUAAAAUGUCAGAAGAUGUUCCGUUUGAUUUAACACCCUCUAUUGAGGAAAACAUGUACUCCCUUGUCACAAAGGGACGUUUAGAUCGAGAGACUGUGUCUCAUUAUGAUAUCACAAUAACAGCUACUGACUGUGGUGAACCUCAGCUUUCAACUGUAAAAACCAUAAGUGUACAGGUGUCAGAUGUUAAUGACAACAGACCAGUUUUCAGUCAGAAUCCAUUUGAGCUUUACUUGGUUGAAAACAACUCUCCAGGUGCACCAAUAUUUUCUGUAAGUGCAGCUGAUAAUGAUCUGGAUGAAAAUGCAGUAAUAACAUACCACAUUGUGAGAGGUGAUGGGAUGCAGGGUGAAAUGACAUCUUUCCUGAAUGUCAAUUCAGAAAACGGACAAAUCACUGCUCUGAAAGGUUUUGACUUUGAGACUCUGAAAACUUUCCAGUUCCAAGUUGUAGCCACAGAUUCUGGUACUCCGUCACUGAGCAGCAACGUCACAGUGAACGUGUUCAUUCUGGAUCAGAAUGACAACGCUCCAGUCAUCAUGUAUCCACUCAGCUCCAAUGGCUCUGCUGAAGGUGUGGAGGAGAUUCCACGCAACGUGAACGCAGGACACUUGGUGACUAAAGUCAGAGCCUAUGACGCUGAUAUAGGAUAUAACGGCUGGUUGCUGUUCUCACUACAGGAAGUUACUGACCACAGUCUCUUUGGUUUGGACCGCUACACAGGACAGAUCAGGACACUUCGCUCGUUGACAGAGACAGACGAGGCUGAGCAUAAACUGAUUGUACUGGUCAAAGACAAUGGGAACGUUUCACUCUCUGCAACAGCUACUGUCAUUGUCAAACUUGUGGAGCCCAAAGAGGCUUUUGCAGCUUCUGAUGUUAAAAGUGCAGCGAAAGUAGACGAAGAGGACAGUGUUACACUUUACCUGAUGAUAACUUUGGGCUCAGUUUCAGUUCUUUUUCUCAUCAGCAUCAUCGUACUGAUCGCAAUGCAGUGCUCCAAAUCCACAGACUACACUUCUAAAUAUCUGCAAGAGCCAAAUUAUGAUGGGACACUGUGUCACAGCAUCCAGUACAGAUCUGGAGACAAACGGUAUAUGUUAGUUGGACCCAGAAUGAGUAUAGGAUCUACUAUAGUCCCUGGCAGCCACACAAAUACUCUAGUGCUACCUGACAGGAGGAGGACGUCUGAGGAGGUAAGAUAUUGUUUCUUUUUCAACUGGAGAUACUUUUGUGUUUCAACAGGGGCUAUGUCCUCCACACAGAUGCCCUGCCUUUGA